AUGGAAGUUGUGCUUGAAGGAAACUUGAGAAGGCUCAAAAAAUAUACACUUUUUAGGGUGAGUUAAUUUUGGAUACAAUUUUUUUGUUUGAAAAAUAUUAAUUUUUUUUUAAAUUUUUCAGACAAAAUGGGUCGAACACUAUUUCGUAAUGUAUUGUCGAGAUUCUUCUCGAAAUCUUUAUUCAAUCGAUGAAUAUAAAAAUCAACGAAAAAAACAACUCAAAAAAAGUUUCAAACUUGAAUUUGUCAAUAGGGUUGGUUACUUUUUCAAAAUUAUAUUUCAAAAAAAUUACGUUAUCUUAUAUUUUAGGUGGAAUCCAAUUUAUGUUUGGCUGAUCACACAAUUUCAUGUUCUUCUGGAAGUCCAGCUUUAAACUGGAUUUUCUCGAUCGGUUUCAGAUUUCAAGGAGUUCAGAAAGAUUUAUAUUUGGUUGCAGCAAAUGAUGAGGUUAGAUUUUUGACUUUAUUCAAAAAAAAAAUAGAAAUGAGAAAGCACGCGUCACAUGAACAAAAAAAAUAAAUUUUUUCCAGGAAAUGAAUAAAUGGAUCCGUGAAGUCUGCCAAGUUUGCAAACUUCAACGUCAAUUCGAAGAUCCAUAUGAGAAUUUCAAUAAUUUCCAUCCAACUGAAGGUAAUUUUUAAGCAAAAAAGGUUCAUUUUUCAAAAAAAACAAUUUAGACAUUGAACUUGCUACAACAUCAAUUUCUGGAAGAUCAAUUUCUUCACAAACUCUCGAAACGAAUUCUGAUAUUCUUCUACAAAAUUAUAAUGAUGGGGGAAGUCAAGUUACUGUUGUGAGUUUAUUUUUCUAAACCAGUGGGAAAUUGAAGAAAACAAAUAAUAAUUUCCAGCCAAAUGAAAAUCGGAUGCAAAUGUUUAACUUUGGAAAGAAUCCGAAAAGGAAAAAUCAAAUGACAAAUGAAAAAAGAUCGGUGGUUUCGAAUAGAAGUUUACCAAGGGAUCAGACUUAUUCAAACUUGUCAGGUUUGUAUUUUUUUGUCAAAAUAAAAUUGGUUAUUGAGUACGAUUUUUUUCAAAAGUAUUUCAAAACCAUACAUAUUUUUAGAUAAAAUGGAGACAUGUUCGGAUACUUCUUCACUUUGUUCAUCUCGAAAAAAUGCGACAACUUCAACGUUGACAACAGAAGAUGAUAGUCGAAGUGUUGCAUCGAAUACAGUUCCAAUUCCACCACCAAGAAUUCGACAUUAUCAAAAUCAGAAGAAAGCCACAUCUGUUGUUCAAAAACUGAAUCAAAUUCCAGCAAGCACUUCAAUGGGUCCAAUUUCUCAAGAUGAUAAUGAUAGUAGUGGAGAGACUUUGAAAAAUGUGUUAGUUUUCUUUAUUGAAAGGGAAUUGAAAAAUUUUGAUGUUCUCAAUUUUUCAGAGAUGAACAAGUUCAAACUGAAGAAAAUCCAAAUCCACACAGGAGAAAUAAUAGUGGAAGGUUGGUGAGAAAACUAGAUUCUGAAAAAAUAAAUCUUUUAGAAGACGUGCUCCUCCGCCAGUUGAUCGAUCCAACAAACCCAAAAAUCUACGGCAAGAAGAUGAUCGAAGAUAUCGAAAGUAAGACAUUUAUUCUUUUCUCAUAAUACAAACAUAUCACAUUAUUUUUUAGUAUCUCUAAAAACGUCGAAAAUCACUACAGCUAUUCAAGAACUACGGUAAUAUUUUCUUUUUUGUAUCCAAAAAUCAAUUAAUUUUUUCUAGAAAACUGAAUCAAAACGUCGGAACUUUGAUUAUUUUGAACCAUCCACUGAAAAUCUGGAAUUCUCAAACACAAGAUCUCCAACACCUUCAGAUGUCGAAUAUAUUGUAGUUGAUGUCGAUAGAACUUUGGCUUUCAAACAAAUGCGAAAACAUAAUUGA